AGGGCAGAGUUGAUUUUUCCGUAGCAGUUUUUUCCACUUGCGGAUUUUCCGUUGUGCGCGUGUUUUUUGCUCGUUUCAGCUGCAUUUGCGGCUGCUGCGCAACGCCGGCGAAUCGAGAUGCUAUUGGCCUAGUCCGCACUCACUUGCGAAGCCAGUCUUUUUCCAGAGUCCGAUGGUAUUUUGUGACGUUAGCGCUGCGGUCACACUGGAAUCGAGUUUUUGGGAUUUGGCGUUUAGCGAAGAUUUUUUGUGCUAAUUUUGUGCAGAAAUCGACACAGCAGCCGUUAUAAUUGGGAGCCCGAGCUGUUACACCUGGCGGAAAUAAAGGGUAACAUAGUAAAAUAGAAGCGACCAACAGCAGCGAAAUGAACAAGGCUGACGUCAACCGUCGUGUUUUGGCCAUUCAGGCGAAGAAGAAGCGCCAUAAGAACAGGAAGCGGGGCAAGCAGAAUGGCACUAACCCACAGGAGCAGUCGAAUUCCGGCCAGAACCCGAAUCCCAACCCCAGUUCCAACCCCAAUCCCGAUCCCAAUCCGGAACCGAAUCCGAGCAGCGACAACUUGCAAGCACCGGAUAAUGCUAAUAAUAGCCAUUUGAAUGCGCCCGUUUCGGCCGCAUUUAGCAAGGUCACUGCAACUGCUACGGCCUCCACAUCCAGCGGAGGAUCAGCAGGCACUCCCGAUCAAUAUCAGCCAUCCAAAGCGCAGGCCAAGUCGAAGUCCGGUACAAAGAAGGAGCAGCUGCAGCAGCCGCCACGGAGCAGCUCCAAUGAGUCCUAUGAAUCCGAGGUGUACAGCGACAACGAUGAGCAGGAGCUUAAGGAGGACUACUGCAAGGGUGGCUACCACCCCGUGAACAUCGGUGACCUGUUUCAAAGUCGCUACCACGUCAUCCGAAAAUUGGGCUGGGGCCACUUCUCUACUGUUUGGCUGUGCUGGGAUCUUCAGGAGAAGAGCUAUGUGGCAAUUAAAAUUGUCAAGUCGGCACCCCACUUUGCGGAGACGGCAAGGGACGAGAUACAGAUACUCAGGACGGUGCGCGAGACCGAUCCGUCGAAUCCACGCCGACACAAGACCGUCCAGAUGCUGGACGACUUUAAGAUCACCGGCGUUAAUGGCACCCAUAUUUGCAUGGUGUUCGAAGUGCUUGGUGACAAUCUACUAAAACUCAUCCGCAAGUCCAACUACCGCGGGAUCCCACUGGCCAACGUCAAAACGAUUACCCGCCAGGUGCUGGAGGGUCUUGACUAUCUUCACACGUGCUGCCAGAUCAUCCACACGGACAUAAAGCCCGAGAAUGUCCUCCUGUGCGUGGACGAGCCUCAUGUGCGCUCACUGGCCACUGAAGCCACCCAGUUGUAUUGCAUGAACUCAAAGAUGUACCCCUCAUUGGUGAGCCAGGCGCCCAAGGAGUACCGCGAGCCACCUAUCACUGGAAAAAUGAGCAAGAACCGAAAGAAGAAGCUUAAGAAGAAGGCCAAGAAGCGCAUGGAGCUAUUCAAGAAGCAGAGAGACUACUUGGAGCAGGCUGGUGGUCAAGGGACCAUCAAUCCUAAUGAGGUGCAGAACGGCGAUGCUGCAAUCUCCGAUGUUGAGGAGUACUUUGAUGCGAAUUCUACGCAGGACAACGUGCACGUGGCCGCUGGGCAGCCACCACGUAAGCAGAGCGAGGAGCGCAAGGCGCCCCUGGAGCAAAGUGAACAGGCACAGGAGCAGGAACCGCUGACUGAGGGCGCUGAUAAAGCCAAAAAGAAGAAGAAAAGGAAGAACAAAAACAAAUCUAACCAAUCACAAGCGCAACAGCCGCAACAACUGGAAAACUCUACGAGCAGCGGCGAGAGCAGCAGUGCUCUCAAGAGUAACCAGACAAAUGGCAGUAGUAGCGUUACCAAUAGUAACUCCAACACCAAUUCAAGCGGCACUUUGAAAGGACAAUCAAACGGCAAAAAAAUGCCAUUGCGACCCAAGCAGGAGAAACAAUUGGAAAAGCAGCAGCAGUCAUCCAAUCAGCAGCUGAACAACAACAACUCUAAUUCUAAGCCUAACUCGAACAGCGAUUCGAAAAUCUCAAGCGGCUCCGUGGAGAACUCAUCCUCGGCCACGAAUGGGCCGUAUUCGAAGCCCAUGCUGCCAACACCUCCUCCCCCACCGCAAACAAAGCACAAGGCUAGACGGGAUCCGGCGUUGGAGGAGUGCAGCGUCUACGUAAAGAUCGCCGAUCUGGGCAACGCUUGUUGGGUGGAUCGCCACUUCACCGAGGACAUUCAAACGCGCCAAUAUCGGUCGUUAGAGGUGAUUCUCGGUGCGGGCUACUGCACGUCGGCGGAUAUCUGGAGCACUGCAUGUAUGGUGUUCGAACUGGCCACCGGUGACUAUCUGUUUGAGCCACACUCCGGCGAUACUUACUCCCGCGACGAGGACCAUCUGGCCCACAUCAUCGAGCUGCUGGGUCCCAUACCGCGCUCGAUUCUGUUGCGCGGCAAUUAUUCGCAACAGUCGUUUAACCGUAACGGCGAGCUACGAAAUAUCUCUGGCCUGAAGCCCUGGGGCCUAAUGGACGUUCUUCUGGAGAAGUACGAGUGGUCGGAAAGUGAGGCGGCGUCAUUCGCUUCGUUCCUUAAGCCCAUGCUCGAGUUCGAUUCGGACAAGCGAGCCACCGCCGCGGAAUGUCUGCAGCACCCGUGGCUUAGAUAAGAUACGAUGCAACCUGGUUGUUGGCUGCGUGCCACCCAGCCAGCAACAGCAGAUGGAGGGGGAGCCGGAGCAGGUGCCGGAGCAGGAAAAGGAACAAGAGCAAGAGCAGCAGCAGCAGCAGCAGCACUAAAAGGUGGAUCACCGGCAGUAACAGCAGAUGGAGAACUUGGCGUGGGCUAUAUAGAAUCUUCGGCAUCGGUGGCUACUUUGGCUUCCAUCUCAUCAAUAGCUUCCACAUCGGCGGCAGCAAUGGCGGCGCUGAAGGCCCGUCCUUAUCUGGUUGCACCCUUUGUAACCACAGCCUCAGCACCACCCACUCCACAGCCCCACGCCUCCAAUUCGACUAGCACGGCCCGCACAGCGCCAGCCACACCUACACGUCGUCGCCUCGCUCCCGAAGAGGAUUUGGACUUGGUUGAGGACUUUGAUGUGGCGCUUGCUCAAAUAGAAGAGCCGCAGACACACACCAAGAACAAAUCGCAGCGCUUUUUCUGGCGCAAGGCACUCCGUCGUGUGUUCCAACGCCGCAAGUGACGGCGUCGCCGGCAGGACUUGCCCCGCUGGCAUCGUCCCGCCCGACGCUGUCGUCGUCGCAACCUGGCCGAGCGGGUGAGGCGCAUCUGCGCCUGCUGUGCCUACGGCCAGAUCCUGCUGCGUGCAGCCCGCGUGGCCCUGCUCAGCUGCAUCCGCUGGCGAACCCGUGGCAACAUACGCAACAACAACUUUUACUUCAGCAACCACUAAAGCAUCAGCACCCAGCCAGCCAGCCAACCAACCAACUAGCAGUCGCUAAUCUCCGUGCUCCAGCUAACUCGAGUAACGUUUAAUGUUAAUGAAUUACCAUUCGAUUUAGUUUUACACACGCCAGCGCUUAAUUUAUUUCCUGUGUUUUACAUCGACAAUUAGACUAUUUUUGUUGCUACAUAUGAAAUUAUAAUAUUGUAUUACCGCCUACACGAACACUUCCCCACGAAUCCUGUACAUAGGGUCGAAAGUGCUCGAUCCCAUUAUUCAUUUUAUUUCAAGCGACGCAUAAGAGAGCGAUAGUAAAGCAUUAGCAUAUAUAGGCAUAUAUCUGUUACUGUACAUUUACCUAAGAGGCGAAUCGGCAAAUACACAUAUAUAGUUAAAUGAA